AUGUUUACAUUGCGAACAUCACUACGAUCAGUCCUACCACGUGCUUCCCAGCCUUGUCAGUUUGCCCAGCGCACAUUCUUCUCCUCCGCUCGCGCCGGCGCUCGUCCUUCGCCAUCCUCCGCCUUCGCCAUUGUCCGGGCACGGUUCGCCACACCCGCUAAGCGUGGGUUAACAGCAUCGGCCCUUGAUCCAUCCGCAGCCGUUCGUGCUCGUCCCGACGAAGCGGAGAAAUGGAAGCGGAUCGGUUUGGCAGGGGCUCUGUUCGGUGGUACCAUCUUCGCGACGAACCUAUUGCUGAACCGGGAGACGCGGGCAUCGCUGUCCCCGUACGAGCGCAGUUACUUGAAUGAGACCUUUAUGUACGUCGGUGCCGGACUCGGUCUCACCGCACUCGCGGCACGGGGUCUGCACCUUUCGGGAUUCUCGCAGAGAUUGAUGAUGAUGAACCCUUGGCUCGUAAUGGGUGGAUCCCUCGUCGCCUCCGUUGGGUCAAUGUACGGAACCCUCAACACCCAUCCCAACAACAGCGGUACCAAACAUCUUUUCUGGACCGCGUUCCAGUUGACACAGGGUGCGAUGUUGGCUCCGUUGUUUUUUGUGAAUCCGGCGAUUUUGGUGAGGGCGGGGUUGUAUACCGCUGGUGUUGUGGGUUCGAUUGCGUAUGUUGGUGCUACGGCCCGUGAUGGGAAAUAUCUCUACUUGGGUGGACCUCUUCUUGCUGGGUGUUCGAUUGUUGCGUUGAGUGCGUUGGCGCCGAUGGUGUUGCCGUUGGGUACAAGGGCUUUGGCAGUGACGGAAAAUUUGUACUUGUAUGGUGGAUUGGCUGUGUUUGGAGGUUUCACGCUUUAUGAUACGCAGAAGAUGUUGAACCAUGCGAAGCAGGCUCAGGUUGGCGCGAGGCCGAGGGAUCCGGUUGCGGAGUCUUUGAGUCUCGAGCUUGACUUCAUCAAUAUCUUUAUCCGUUUGGUGCAGAUUUUGCAGAUGUCGGGGGGAAACAACCGUCGCUGA